AUGGAGGCUUCCAGUCUCACCAACAGAGGCGAGGCCCUCUCGUUUCUCUUUAGAAAGCCAAGCGGUGCCAUGGACCUCAGUCGAUAUCGCAACUGGAUCAUCGGUAGCCUGCCGCAGCUGUGGCAGCGAAACUGGGCUGAAAUGAUGGAAUUUUGGCAUUGUCAUAAACCUCAUGACCAUGAUCACCAGGAUACCGAGUCUUUGGCUACCAAAGGCUACGGUGCCAGUCAUGCUAUAUCCGCCCAACAGGGAGUUGGCUUUGUCGACUUGACAUCAUUCCUGUUCUCGGAGUCCGACUGCCGAAGCCUGCAAUAUUCUUCCUCAACACCGGAUGCUGGGUUCGAUCUAUCUUCGCUGGCGCUCAAUGACGACGAGAGCAAGAAGUUUUUACACAUAUAUUGCCGGGAAUGCACGACAGAGGUAGGCUUGUACAAUAUCGCGGCAUUGUCUGUCACCUUGUUCAAAUGGAAAAUUACUUGCCAAACCAAGACCACAGAUCCUAGUCCAAGCAGUUCCGAGUGUCUUGCAGCAACUCUGCUGGCUACGAUUUCUAGGUCGGGGUCAUCCAAGUCUAUUAUCACGCCGCAUAGUUCUGGGAUUGCAACCCCCGAAGCAGUUUCUCUUCAGAACCUUCAUCUAUGGGUGUUGAACCCCAACGUCGUAUACACAGCGUCCUCCACCGCUGACCGCAAGACAGCGAUGAAGAUACUCUACAAGCAUAUCGAUCCAUCAGAGAGUGAGAAACUUCUCACGUCCAUGACCUCAGAUGUCCAGGAGAUAAGUUUGCCCGAGGAAGCUAUCAAAGCAGCAGAUAAUUGCUUGUUAUGGAGCAGUGAAUUACUACCUGUUCAAGAAAGGACUUUCAAAGAGUGGCAAGUGGGGCUGCUUGAGAGAUGGGAACCUGCGUCUUGA